AUGCCCAGAAGACCAACGCUAACCUGUAGAAGAUGCCGAGAAAAGCGUAUAAAGUGUGACAAGGAGUCGCCGUGCUCAUCGUGCAUAAAGAACAAAACCCCUAAUCUAUGUGUUUUCGAUGAAAAUAACGAUCUUCUCCUGAUAAAAGGAGGCAUGGCGCUGCAUGUUUUCAAAGUUUCAAAGUCUGUCACGAAGAAACCCAAAGCUAAAGUCACCAAACUAGCCACAGAUAUGCCAGAUCACUACGUGACGGGUCACGAAGAUACAAUAGACUUUCAUGACUUGUAUUUUGAAGACAAUACAACCUCUUCAGCGAGGUCCCCUUUGGAAUGGUCUUUCAUCGAACGAAAAGAACCAGCUCUUAGAUUUCUUCAGACGUGGAAAAUUUCAACUGACAACACACCCCAGGAGAGAUCAGGGGUAGAGGAUCAAAGACCUUUAGUCGAACGAAUAGAGGAAGUCCUUCCCAGAAAAAAACGCUGUUUUGCAUUCAAUCAAGUGCUUUUUUGA